AUGUCUCUCCGUAAACGAAUAGACCCGUACCAGGCCCACAAACCGCAGGGCUCGCAACCAGACACAUCGCCGCCCCGGACGAACGCAUACUACGCGCCGCUCUCCGCUCAGCCGGCGUCCCAGGUGCCGCUGCAUCCGCCGCCAAUCGCGCCCAAAGGAACCAGCCGCAGAUCGGCCAGUCUGCUGAUCUUUUCGCUACGAAAACGUAGUUCGGUGGAUCCGACGACCAACGCUUCCGGCGACCCGAGUUUCAUGCCUGCCGCUGGCCCGGAUUCCGCGCUGGAUGUGCUUUCGCUAGACUCAAACACAACGCCGUCUCUCAGCUCCAGACGAGUGACCACAAGCCCUUAUGGCCCCUACGUGCCCGAAAAGAUGGGCGACGCAUCCAUGCUGGGCUCCGUGCACGGCUCGCGCGACCAGUUUUCCGUAAAUAGUUCUCCGUCUCGACGACUGUCGGCACAUCUGCUGCAGACAACAGUAUAUAAUCCGUACGAUACUAAAACAGCGCUCAAUGGCGACGAGCGGGUGGGCAGUGACCGCUCGGCACCGCCUCGCGCCUCGUCGUUUGCCGCAGCAUCCAGUGCGCUUUCCCGCAAGCUGACCACCAUUCUGUUGGCUUCCAGAAGCACUGCCACCUCGUUUGUGCCUAGUAUUACCGCACCGACAUCAUUCACCGCCAACUAUGCAUCCUCCGGAAUCAACAACGCGGACGACUCGGCGCCAAGCGCGCAGCGGCCCACCAAUCCGAUGGAAGUGGAGCGGAUGUUCCGCGAGUUGAUGGACCGCCGUGAUUUCCGCUCGCUCCCGCAGCAGGCGCGGCAGGAGAUGAUGAACUACGGCGUGGACAAGAAGUGGAUGUUGAUUUACCAGGACCAGUUGAGCGAGCGCAACAAGUUGGCCAAAAAGGCCCACGCUAGCCCCGAGCUAUACACCCGUAAACUCAUUUCCAAGCAGAUCACAUGCGAAGAGCUCGAGAAUCUAUGGGUGUCUCUUCGCACAGAGCCCAUUGACUGGGUGCGCGAGUUCAUUUUCGACUUCCAGGGUGAUGUGGCUCUCUCGCUGUACUUAAUCAAGGUCCACGACCAGAUCGGCGACCUGAACAUCGAGCACAUUCUGGACGACAUCUUCACAAAAGAGCUCAAUACGCUCAAGUGUCUUCGCUGUAUGAUGAACCAGAAGUUGGGCGCCGAGCGCGCCAAGGCCGAUGACGCCUUGUACGUCAAUGCUAUUUCCGGAGCGCUUUUGUCUCCGAGGUUAGCUACCCGCCGAAUUGCAACCGAAACCUUAACUUUUCUCAUAGUGUACUACUGUACCUCGGGCUCCAAUGAGCACAAGAGCAAGUACCAUCGUGUUCUCAAGGCUCUCGAUUCUUUAUCAACAAGACCAUAUUACGAGUUUGUCUCGAGUGCGGGCGCGCCGACAUCUAUGAAUCAAGCAACCCUAAAAAGAGUGUUUCCUUCUUCCAGUCUGAGUCAGAGGUUCCAACUUUGGCUAGGAAUUGUAGCCCGCACUUUGGGCGGCAGGGGAAAAUACCAUAAUUCACUUGUUGGAGCAAGCGAAGAACUCAAAUACGCCUCGUCGACCAAUAAUGCCAGUCAGGUCGAAAACCAGUUGUUUGAAUAUUGCUUGUCUACCAUGCUCCUAGUGAAUACCAUAGUGGAGUAUGGAAUCGAUUUUAGAGCUCGUAUCCACCUCCGGUCCCAGCUCAAAGGUGCUGGCAUCGAGUUGUUGAUGCAGAACUUUGAAGAAAUGGGGUUCGAGUCACUCUCAAAACAAUGUGCAAAAUACGCAGACAUGGCAGACGCCGAUGAGGUUGAGUUGAAAGCCGACGAGCUGAUCGAUGCCAACAUCGACUUCAACAACCCUGUUGAGCUUGUGAAUAGUCUUUGGAGCCUGGUGCAAAAUAGCGAGGCCGAGGGUGUCUUCAUUAGCACGAUCCAGCAUCUUUUUCUCAAUCAAAUGGAUAAGAAAGACGAUCCUGAGGAUCGGAUGCGAAGUCUUCGCCUUCUUGAUGGCUUGGUUCAAAAUGUUGCCAGUGCGCAUACCAACGAUGACUCUGCCAUUGGAAUUGCCAUGAAUCGUUUGUUCCAGGGCCUCACAACUGAUGACAUGUAUCGGAAGGCCUUGGCUGAGGUGAAGACCCAGAGAAAAAUUGCUGCAGAGGCCACUGCCGAGAGAGAUGAGAUGUCGCGCCAGCUUUCCUUAGGAUCCGAAGGGCUUAUUACCAGCUUGACGAACGAGGUCAGGGAGCAAGAAAUUGUCUUGAGACGUACUCGCAAAUUAAACGAAGAAAUGCAGGAUGAGCUCGAGGAAUUCAAAAGAAAGUAUCUCAUGGAGAAGCAAGAGCAAGAGAUGGAGAUGCGAGAACUUCUCAUCAUGCUCAACAGCGCCGACAUCAAGUCCAGAAGGCAAGAUGGAAAAACCACUUACUCUGUGCAGACAAGCAAUACAGAGUUGGUGUCGAAGCUUCAAAAUCAAAUCAACCGUAAGAAGAGAGAGGCUAGACUAGAUAACAAACAGCUUAGAAGUCUGAUUGAGCCUAGCAGCAGGUUGAGAGCUUUGAGGGAACAAAUGAACGACAUUGAGAACUUGGCGCGUGAGCUUGAGAUGACCGAUUUCGAGAACUACACUCAACCAGAAGCUACUGAAAUUCAUGUUGAAGCCGAUCAUAACCAAAUCGAAGAUUUGGCAGAAGAAAGCGAAGAAAGUGAGGACGAGUUGCCACCAGAGGAAGCGUCUCCAUCUCCACCACCUCCAGUUGUUAUGGGCCCCAGACGGGCAAUGCGUAACGAUGAUUUGGAGAAGCUCUCGAAGUUAAGACAACAAUUGUCCUCCUUGCAGAGUGAGUCCAACGAUAUCAUGAAGUUCAACAAUAGCAAGAUGUUUUCCAAACAGAAGUUUUUGGCAAUGGAUCGUUUGAAAGAGCUCGAGAAUAACUUCAAAGACUUCAAUAUUGACUUCGAUUACUCCGAACAGGAUGCUGCUCUUAUUGCACAGCUUGUUGAUGUAAACGUCAAGUCAAGACUUCAAGAAGAGUUGGGAGAGAUCGAGAAGCUCAAGGCAGACCUACACUCACAACUUAAUGCUCUUAACAAAACAAACGAACCAAAAACACCCAAAUCCAAACGCGCAUCAAUCAAUCCUACUACUCCAAACGUGGACUUGUUCAACAAAAUCGAGAGCAAAUACUCUCAAGGAAAGGUUCAGAUGGAAUCGAAACCAUUUAGUGAAACCAAGGAGGUUGAUUUCAGAAACAUGAAGACAGUCAGUGGCAUGGAUCCUAAGUUUUUAUCUGAAUUAACAUCUAAAGUCAAGAAGACAGAAGCCAUUGAUUCCACGCCCGAGAAUGACAACGAGGCAGAGAAUCUUCCAAUUGACGACCAACCAAAGACAACUCCUCUUGUUGAUAAGAAAGAGCCAGUUAAAGCCGGCCCACCACCUCCACCACCACCUCCACUUCCACCUCUAUUAGGAGGAUCAGAAGCACCACCGCCACCACCACCGCCACCACCAAUGCCACCAUUGUUGGGUGGACUGGGUUCUGCUCCUCCUCCACCACCUCUUCCACCCCUGUUGGGAGGAGGAGGACCACCUCCACCACCACCCCCUCCUCCAAUGUUUGGAGGUCUGAUGCCACCACCCCCACCACCGCUUCCCGGCAAUAAACUGGGAAGUGUCACUCCCGUCCACAUGCCAUCUCCUGUUCCAAAUCUAUUUGACCAGUAUCCCAGACCAAAGAAAAAGCUUAAGCAACUUCAUUGGGAGAAGAUGGACAGCAUGGAGAGCAACGCAAUGUCAUUCUGGAAAAACUCACAGCCUCAGACUAUUGUUACUCAACUUAUGGAAAGAGGAGUAUUGGACGAGAUCGAGGUCAUUUUUGCUGCUAAGGAAAUCAGAAACUUGGCCACAAAGAAGAAGGAAGAUGUCGAUAAGAUCACUUUCUUGCCUAGAGACAUUGCACAGCAAUUUGGUAUCAAUCUCCAUUUCUUUAAUCUGUUCUCUGACAAGGAAGUGGUGGACAAAAUCCUUCGUUGUGACAAGGACGUCUUAGAGAAUCCUACGGUGCUAGAGUUUUUGGCCAAGGAUGAAAUAGUCGAAGUACCCAAUAGCUUGGCUUUGAGUCUUCAGCCCUAUUCCACCGAUUACACCUCUGAAGAACUAGCAAAGCCCGAGAAGGAUCCAAGUGAAUUGCAGAGAUCUGACCGCCUUUACUUGGAAUUGAUAUACAAUUUACAGCAUUACUGGAAGUCCAGAAUCCGUGCGUUGAGAACGAUAGCCAAUUACGAGAAAGAUUAUGAUGAUCUUGUAUUCAAGUUGCGCGAGAUUGAUCAAUCUGUCCUCAAAAUCAAGGACUCUGAGAACUUGCGUCGUGUAUUUGAAAUCAUCCUUGCUGUUGGUAACUACAUGAAUGAUAGUUCGAAGCAAGCCAAGGGAUUCAAAUUGAAUUCUUUGCAGCGCUUGGGAUUUGUCAAAGAUGACAAAAACAGCAUGUCUUUCCUUCAUUAUGUUGAAAAGGUGAUCAGACUCAACUACCCCGAAUAUCUUGGUUUCCUUGAAGAGCUCGCCAGUUGCGUGCAAGCAGCCAAAUAUUCCAUCGAAGUUGUAUCCAAUGAUUGUCGUGACUACGCACAGGCGAUUAAGAAUGUACAGAGUCUGAUUGAUGUCGGAAACUUGAGUGAUGUUUCGAAAUUCCAUCCUCAGGAUCGGGUCCUCAAAGUGAUUAGCCCUACACUUCCAAAGGCAAAAAAGAAGGCAGAGCUCCUAAGUGACCAGGCUAAAUAUACGUUCAAAGAGUUGGAGAAGCUCAUGUCGUUCUUCGGAGAAGAUUACAACGACAUAUUUAUCAAGAAUCUGUUCCUCAGCAAAUUCACAAACUUCGCUGCUGAAUUCAAGAAGGCACAACGCGAGAACCUCAAGCGCGAAGAGGAAUUGAAGGUUUACGAGCAGAGGAAGAAGCUCCUCGAGAAUACUUCGAAGACAAACACCCCCAAGCUGGAUGUCAGUGAGUCUGAAACAGAUAACGUGAUGGACUCUCUUCUUGAGAAAUUGAAAGCAGCUGGACUGGACCGAGGCGAGCCUACAUCUGCUAGGAAGAGGAUUUUGAUGAAGAAGCAUCUCAUGCAGAAUUCUCGUCCAGCCGAAGAGGCGCCCGCUUCCGCCGAAGAGGAGUCACCACAAAUCGAAAAGAGUGACACCGCCACGAAUGAUGAUGUUGGUCUGCGUGCACGGUCAUUAUUGCAAGAGCUCCGGAAGACAAAUGAUGAAGACAGGCCCAGAACAGCGUCAGAGUUUCGCCAGGAGCGUCGGAGACGAGGCUUGAAGGAGGAAAAGAAACCAGAUACAGAGGUAGAAGACACUCCAAAAGGGCCAGCUGAUGGCAAGAUAGAACCAAUCACAGAAGAGGACAAGACAGAGUCAUUGAACGGGGAUUGA